AUGGCUCCGAGCACUGACGAGAACAACGCUUGGGGUGGUAGCGACGUGUACCGUUUCGAGCGUGGACAGCUGCCGGCGAGGGUUACCAGCAUGCGGGACGGCCAGGACGGGAUGCAGGUGGAGCUCCACUACGUCAGCUCCAACAAUUACCAUCACUGGGAAUGGACCCCACUUGCUUCGCUUGGUCAGUUUCCGGAUAUCAACGAGGUGGUGAUUCGACUGCUCAAAGAAUAUAUGGACCGCCGUGACGGCACUGCC